ACUGAAGAACAAAAGGAGUACCAGGAGCUGGCAAGGAAGUUUGCUCGGGAGGAAAUCAUACCAGUGGCGCCCCACCAUGAUAAAACAGGGGAGUACCCCAUGGAAGUGAUCAAGAAGGCAUGGAACUUGGGCCUCAUCAACACUCACAUUCCACAGGACUGCGGUGGUUUAGGUCUGGGGAUUUUCGACGCUUGCCUGGUGACAGAAGAACUAGCAUAUGGGUGUACGGGGGUCCAGACUGCCAUUGAGGCCAACUCUUUAGGGCAAAUGCCAGUUAUCAUUGCUGGAAAUAAGGAACAGCAGAAGAAAUAUCUGGGGAGGAUGAUGGAAGAGCCGCUGUUGUGUGCUUAUGGUGUGACAGAACCAGGUGCUGGAUCAGAUGUGGCUGGAAUUAAAACAAAAGCCGUCAAAAAGGGGAAUGAAUACAUCAUAAACGGUCAGAAAAUGUGGAUAACAAAUGGAGGUGUGGCUAACUGGUAUUUUGUCUUAGCAAGAACAAGCACUGACCCUAAAACACCCGCGGGUAAAGCCUUCACUGGGUUCAUCGUGGAUGCUAACACCCCUGGUGUUAACCCAGGACGUAAGGAAAUGAACAUGGGCCAGAGAGCAUCAGACACAAGGGGGAUAACUUUUGAAGAUGUUGUUGUUCCAGCAGAGAAUGUCCUGGGUGAAGAAGGAAUUGGUUUCAAAAUUGCCAUGGGUGCCUUUGACAAAACCCGACCUCCGGUGGCCGCAGGAGCCGUGGGUCUGGCACAGCGGGCAUUGGAUGAGGCGACCAAGUAUUCGAUGGAGAGGAAGACCAUGGGCAAGUUCAUCUGUGAACAUCAAGCAGUGUCGUUCAUCUUAGCAGACAUGGCCAUGGGGGUAGAGAUCGCCCGUCUGGCCACCCAGAGGUCAGCCUGGGAGAUCGACCAGGGCAGAAGAAACACAUACUACGCUUCCAUCGCUAAAGCUUUCGCUGGAGAUGUGGCUAACAAAUGUGCAACGGAUGCUGUACAGGUUUUUGGAGGAAAUGGUUUUAACAGCGAAUACCCUGUGGAAAAACUGAUGAGGGAUGCAAAAAUUUAUCAGAUUUAUGAAGGGACAGCUCAAAUCCAGCGUCUCAUCAUCGCAAGAGAAUUACUGGCAAAGGCGAAACAGUCCAUGUAACUGGGUGUGCAAGAGCAUUCAAGGGAGAUAAUGAAUUGCUCAAAGGGCGGAAGAUUACCAAGGGGAGAUAACUCACUCGGAUUUGUGUUCCCCU